AUGGCAUCUCCUAUCUUAAGAAUCUGUACCCAUAGUGGUUCAUUCCACGCUGAUGAAUCAUUAGCUGUUUACAUGUUGAAAUUAUUACCUCGUUUCCAAAACUCUUCACUAGUUCGUUCAAGAGAUCCUGCUCAAUGGGAAACUUCUGAUAUCGUUGUUGAUGUUAGUGGUAAAUACGAUGGUGUUAAAUUCUUUGAUCAUCAUCAAAGAGGCUUUGAAGAAACUUUCAAUUCAGAGUACAAGACAAAAUUAAGUUCUGCUGGUUUAGUUUAUAAACAUUUUGGUAAAGAAAUAAUCAGUGAAAUUAUUUCAAGCAAAGAAUCUUCAAUUUUGGAUCUUUUAUACGAUAAAGUUUACAAAGAAUUCAUUGAAUCUAUCGAUGCUAAUGAUAAUGGUAUUUCAAAAUAUGACAAUGUUACUGAAAAGGCUAAAUUUAACGAUAGAAACAUAACAUUACCAUCAUUAGUUUCAAGUUUAAACCCACACUGGAAUGCUGAACAAACUGAUGAUGUUUUCGAUAGACAAUUCUUAAUUGCCUCAGAAUUGAUGGGUAAUGCUUUUGUUAAUGUUGUUAAAAAUUAUGGUUUGUCAUGGUUACCAGCUAAACAAGUUGUUGAAGAAGCUUUUAAAGAAAGAUUUGAAGUUCAUGAAUCAGGUAAAAUAUUAGUCUUGAAACAAUUUGCACCAUGGAAAGAACAUUUGUAUGAAAUUGAAAAAGCUAAUUCAAAACAAGGUGAAAUCUUGUAUGUUUUAUUUGAGGAUUCUGGUAAAAAUUGGAGAAUUUCCACCGUUCCAAUCACAAGUUCAAGUUUCGAAAACAGAAAACCAUUACCUGAAAAAUGGAGAGGUUUAAGAGAUGAAGCUUUAAGUAAAGAAACAGGUGUUGAAGGUUGUGUUUUCAUUCAUGCUGCUGGUUUCAUUGGUGGUGCAAAGACAAAAGAUGCAGUUUUACAAUUGGCAAAAUUAAGUUUAUAG